UUUAUUUUUAUUUAUUUAAUUUAUGUUAGUAUAUUAAUAUAUAGUACUGAUGGUUAUAUAAGUAAUAUAAGUUGUAUUAUUGUGAGAGAUUGGCAUUUUGAAAUAGAGCUGAUGUGAUUUGUGUGUGUCUAAUAUAGGAGUGGAUAUCCUGAAAAAGAUGGAGCUGAACUCUAACUGUGUACCCCUCUGAAGACUGAUCUCAGGAACAGAGAUGAAGAUUCUCUGGGUGAUGCUGCUGAUUUUCUCUGGCCUAAUGGAGACCCUGUCAGAGCGCUUUAAGGUUGUGGGUCCAGCUGCUCCUCUUGUUGCUGAAGCUGGUGAAGAUCUGAUUUUGCCCUGUUCUCUCCAACCCAACAUCAGUGCUGAGGAUAUGAUGGUGGAGUGGUACAGACAGCAUGAGACAGACACGCUAGUUCACCUGUAUGUAGAUCGUGAAGAGAAAAAUCGAGAACAGAUGGAGUCUUACAGAGGGAGAACAGCUCUGUUUAAAGAAGAACUGAAGAAAGGAAACGCCUCACUAAAACUCUCAACUCUCCAAUCUUCUGACGAUGGAGCUUACACGUGUUUUAUUCGGGAUGGGGAUUCCUAUGAUGAAGUAACACUUUAUGUAGAAGUUAAAGGAAAAGGUUUUCAUGGUUGGAAGAUUGCCAUCAUCUGCAUUUCUGUUUCUGCUGUUAUUUUAGCUGCCUUUACUGCGUACGUCUUAAAAGAUAAAUACUCAAAAAAGCAGCUCUCUCCUACACAGUGCUCAGUUAUAUCCUACAUGCGUGUCCACUCCAAGAAUCCCAAGAAAGAGCUGGACCUGAGGAAAUUCAGCACAUCAGAGGAAGGACACAGGAGACUCAUCCCAGCUGUAUCAAACUGCAGGAAGGCUCAAUUUACAGGUUGUAAUCUCACCGAACAGUCCAUUGAAACAUUGAGUGCAGCUUUAAAAACAGAAAACUCCUUACUGAAAGAACUGGACCUCAGUAACAACAACCUGCAGGAUUCAGGAGUGGAGAAGCUCUCUGAUGGACUGAAGAGUUCACACUGUAAAGUGGAAAAACUGAGAUUUGCUGGCUGUAAUCUCACUGCGGGGUGCAGUGAAACAUUGAGUGCAACAAUAAAAACAGAAAACUCCUCCCUAAAAGAGCUGGACCUCAGUAACAACAACCUGCAGGAUUCAGGAGUGGAGAAGCUCUCUGAUGGACUGAAGAGUUCACACUGUAAAGUGGAAACACUGAGACUUGUUUUGUGUAAUCUUGGGGCGAAGACCAGUGAAACUCUGGGAACAGCUUUACUAUCAGAGACCUGGACCCUGAAAGAGCUGGACCUUAGUAAGAAUAACCUGCGGGACUCUGGAAUGGAGAAGCUUUCUGAUGGCCUGAAGAGUUCAAACUGUGUACUGGAGAUACUGAGAUUAGCCACCUGUAACUUUACUGGGAAAUCAUGUAAGUUUCUCAUAUCAGCACUAAAAUCAAAAAUCUCCUCCCUGAAAGAGCUGGAUCUCAGCAGCAAUGAUCUGCAGGGUUCAGGGGUGGAGGAGCUCUUCAUGGAUCCACAGAGUUCACCCUGUAAACUGGAGAUACUCAGGCUGGCUUUAUGUAAUAUUGAAGAAAGGGUUUGUGAAUAUCUGGGAUCAGUUUUAAAUCAGGAAAAUUCCCUGAUAGAGCUGGACCUAAGUAACAACGACCUGCAGGAUUCAGGAGUGAAGCUGCUCUCUGCUGGACUGAAGAGUUCACACUGUAAACUGGAGAUACUCAGAUUGUCUGGUUGUAUGAUCACAGAAGAAGGAUGUUCAUUUCUGGCUUCAUCAUUAAGUUCAAGCUCCUCCCACCUGACAGAACUGGAUCUGACCUACAAUAACCCAGAGGAGUCAGGAGAGAAUCUGCUCACCCCACACUGCAAACCCGGCACACUCAGAUUGGAGCACGGAGGGAACAUCAGAAUGAAAACAGGACUAAAGAAAUACGGCUGUGAUCUCACACUGGAUCCAAACACAGCGAGCAGCUAUCUCUCUCUGAGUGAAGAGAACAGGAGGGUGGAGUGGGGAGGAGAGGAGCUGCAGUCGUAUCCUUAUCAUCCAGAGAGAUUUGAUGGGUGGAAGCAGGUUCUGAGUAGAGAGAGAGUUACUGGACGCUGUUACUGGGAGGCUGAGUGGAGCGGAGGAGGAGAACCUGAUGUAGCUCUGAGUUAUAAAACCAUCAGCAGGAAAGGAGACGGUUCAGACUCUCGGUUUGGAGGGAAUGAAAAGUCCUGGAGUCUGGAGAUCAGUAAUAACAGUUACUCUGUUCUUCACAAUAAAAACAGAACUGCUCUCCCUCCUCCUCCCUCUCCCUCUAACAGAGUAGGAGUGUAUGUGGACUGUCCCGCCGGCACUCUGUCCUUCUACACUAUCUCCUCUCAUACACACACACACUCCUCACACACACCCUCACACACACCCUCCUCACACACACCCUCACACACACACCCACACACACACCCACACACACACCCACACACACCCUCACACACACUCUCACCCACACACUGUACAGUGGCAUGA